AUGGUUUCGCAGACUGCUAUGGUUGUCACAACCACGAACAGCUGGACGAUUACAAACCUCGGGCCUAUCACUGCAGCUUGGACGCCACCUCCUAGCUGCUACGAGACCACAACUUGGAAUAGUAAUUUGAAUACUCUGUACAUAUAUGACCUCCUACCUAGCGAUGAUUGGAAUUGCAUGCCACCGAUUGCGGGGAAGACAUCGAAUUAUCCAACUCCUAACUUCCCCAGUAUCGGCUUUGGAAAUCUUCUCUAUUACUGGCCAGCAACUUGUCCAAACGGUUGGUCGACAGCUAACACAAACGCUCAAUCAACUGUGGGAAAUGUCACCGCAUGCUGUCCUACACGUUUCGGAUAUAACGGAGGGUUGUGCGAACAUGUACGACCAGACGGCACAGGAACCGGAGCAGUCAUCACAAAUAUCAUGGAUGCUUCAGACAGAGGUCACAGUCCAACGACAGUCUUUGCGACUACUCUCAGUGUGGUACCAUCCUGGCUUCCAAUAUGGGCUUAUCCGAUAUACAUAAUGGAGCAACCUGGUUAUUCAGCAAGUACGCAGCGCAAUUCGAGUGUUUCUCUAUUGAAUUCCCAUACAAAGCAUCUCUCGGGUGGCGCCAAGGCUGGGAUAGCUGUGAGCAUUUUAGUGGUCGUCUUCUCCAUCUCUGCCGGAGUAUUCUUCUACUUCAGACGGAGAGGCCUGCAGAGAAGGCAACGGCAAUCCCAACAGGAACUAACAGGGAUCACAAACGGAUACGACCGGGGACAGGUCAUCUCUACUACCAUUGGGCAUACUGCUGGCGAACAAACAGAUGACCCGACUUCCUCUGAGAAAGAACCAGAUCUCCCAGAAUACAAGAGCAGUUUCUCGAGAGACAGGAUACGUCCCGAGAUAGAACACUUGGAGACGGCCCAUGACGGAGUAGAGUGUCGCCCCUCUACCAUUCACGUCAAGACCUCUUCGGCCGUUGUUGCAGCUAUCAAUCCAUCCCCGUCGACGCGAUUACCACCUACAUCUGAUUACCGACUUGGAAGAUGA